GGGGGGGGAUCCAGCAUCUCGGGGGUGUAGGUCUGUUCUUUACGUGCCGCCUGAGGAAGGAAGCGUCGCUGUGACAGAACUCCGUACAAUGAAGCUUCAGAUCUCCCUGGUUCUAUUCCUCCAAGUGGCGCAGUUCAAAUGUCUCCCGGACAUCUCCGGGUUCCUCGGGGACAACGUGACCUUGCCAUCGGGGGUCGGCCCGUCGGGGAAUUUUUCCUCGAUCGAGUGGUCGAUAUUCUUGAACAUCACUUGGAUCGCCACCUAUCGGAACAAUAAGGAGAAUCUGGAUCGAGUGCCUCGGUAUAAAGGGAGGCUCGGCCUCAACAUCUCCACAGGUGACCUGACGAUCCAUAAUUUGACCUCGGAGGAUGCCUUGGAGUACACCGUGGACCUAACCGGUACAAAUACAGGACAGCGCAGAAAAAACAAGGUCACCGUCGGAGUGAAGAAACGCCUCCAGAAACCCAGCGUCGAAGUGUUUGAAUCUGAAAGCACCAGGUGUCACUGGUCGGUGAGAUGUCAGUCGACCGAUAAAGGCGUGCACCUGUCCUGGGAGGCCCCGCCCCCUACUGUGACCUCCAGCUACAACCUCACCGAUGCCGACGGCCUCUCUGUGGCCCUUUUGGAUUUGAACGACUCCACCCAGCAUCCGGUUGAAGUGACCUGCGUCUCCCAGAGGGGCGAAGAGAAGACCUCGGGCAGUGUCAGCGUGACGUGCCGCGGCAACGAGCUCAAGCCGACACUACCGAUGACUACUCUGACUGCGGGCAGGACAAGAUAUGUGACUGUUUUUUUUGUGGGAGUUCUUUUGACAGUGUUUCUAUGGCUUUGCAGCUGUUGCAGGGAAACAUCAAGUAAAUGAAUGUAUUUGGGCCAAGAAGACACCUGUACAGUGUAUGUGAAACAGAUCAUAUAAUGAUGAACAGUUUUCUAUUGUAUUACCCUCAAAUGAGAACUUAUGGUCCAAUAACUUCAUACGAACACAAGCAUUACUAUUUAAGUACCAUUUUUCCUGAAAUGUUUUUAAUCUAUUCAUAUGGAAGUGUUUGUACUUGUUAAAGUAGGCCCAGGUGUGGAAGUAAAUCUGUGUCAUCGGGUUUUGAAAGAAUUCAGGGUCAUAUUCUAGCACUGAAUAUUUAUGCAUUGAAAUUAUGUAUCUAAAUGUUUUUCAACGUUAAAAUAUUGCAAAAAAUUCCCGGGUCCCAUCCUUACUGUACACAGCUUGAAUGGUUCUCCGUUUCCCCCUUCUGAGGUGCCGGAUCGUCUUCCAGGGGCACUUUGGUGCUGACCGAAAGUCCUACUCCAUAGUUAACCCGAACUCCUCCCACACUCACUGCUUUGCCUCCGUUACGGCAGAGGCUGCUGCCCUUCGAGCCUGUCAGUACACUGCAACUUCCUCCGGAGACCCACCGGAUAUCAUAACCUGGAAGGCAUCCUUCUUCAGUCGGACGGCUUCCCUGACCACCGGUGUCCACCACGGGGUUCGAGGGUUUCCGCCCCUUAAUGCACCCAAAGACCUUGAUGCCACAACUCACUGCCGCCGCUUCAGCAAUGGAGGUUUUGAACGUGCACCACUCUGGUUCAAUGUCCCCUACCUCCACAGGAAUGCGAGCAAAGCUCCGCCAUGGUUCAGUUAAAAAAAAAGGUGUGAGUUGAAAAUCUUUUGGACUGGAGCCUCCUCCAGACGUUCCCAGUUAACCCGCUCUACACACUUUGGUUUACUGGGUCUGUCCUGAGUCUUCCCCCAUCCUCUGACCCAGCUCACUACCAGAUGGUGAUCAGUUAACAGUUGAAUUAUUUGCGGUUGAAUUUUUUUUACAGUAUUUUAACGUUAAAAACAUUCAGAUACAUAAUUUCAAUGCAUAAAUAUUCAGUGCUAGAAAUUCAAUCACCUUUUUCUUUCAAAACCCCAUGACACAGAUUUACUUCCAUACACAGGAUUUCUUUUUACACCAAAUGUUUUUUUUUACCUUUCAUAUUAAUCCUUUCACUUUUUUCAUUCAUGUGUGGAAUCUGUUCGACUUCAAAGAACAACCUAAAACGCUUAGAUGGAACAACAUGCUCGCAGAAAGGA